AUGAGCACAAAAGAAUCAUGAGAUUUAUUUUCUAUGCUGGGUAAAUACAGUCCAACCAUGUGAUCCACUGAUUAGCCAAUGAGCAGCCGAGAAGAAGGUAAGGGCAGGAAAAAAAAUUACUACCAUUUUAGGGGAGGAUGUAAGCCACUAUACUAGCCCAUCUAACGUUUUACAGUCGCACUUAAGUGUCUUUUUAUUGAAAUAAUAAAAUAAACAUGUCGCUAACGAAUUAUUAUUCCAUGAUGGGGCUCCAGACCGAGGAGCCGUACGGUGCACAUUUCAUCCCGGGAGGCUUGCAGGGUUCGACGGCUGGCUGCGCGAAGCCAGCCCGGGGAGCAGAGGAGGAGGAGGGGACCCCCGCCUCACACAUUCCGGAUUUUUCACAUUUUUCCAACAAACAAACUAGCUUAAACGGCUUUUCUCCUUGGACAAACACCUCUACUUCCUCUUCGUCUUCCUCCCCGCAGCUGCAGUCCACCCCCGGUGCCUCCAUCCCCGGCCUUUUUCAUCCACAUCACCUCCUGACUCACCACCACCACCCGUACUACGGUCCGCAGACGCAAACCCACACCGAACACAUCGCGUCCUCGACGGCGACAGAGAGCAGAUUCGUCCGCUGUUGGGAGGGGGCGACCCCCGUGUCGGAGACCUCCCUGUCACACGCUUCGGCAGGUUUUCCCGGGUGUCUCCCAGCUCAGGGUGACCUCUCUAAUCCAAGCCCGAGGUAUGAGGCGGUAAAACCCGAGAGUUCACCCCCGCCACCUCACGAGGACAGUCCAGAGGACUCCAGCUUCGGCAGCCCGGCCGAGGUGGUCCUCGAGCGGCUUGGAACCGUGGAGGAGCUAGGGAGGAAGCCGGAACCCAAAAAGGAGGACGAGGAGAGAAAACCACAGCCACCGCUUGACCCGGAAAAUCCAUCAGCCAGCUGGAUUCACGCCAAGUCCACCCGGAAGAAGAGGUGUCCGUACACCAAACACCAGACGCUGGAGCUGGAGAAAGAGUUUCUGUACAACAUGUACCUGACCAGGGACCGGCGCCUGGAGGUGGCAGGACUCUUAAAUCUGACUGAGAGGCAGGUCAAGAUCUGGUUUCAGAAUAGACGCAUGAAGAUGAAGAAGCUGAUGACCCGGGAGAGGAGGAGCAUGAAUGAAUGAAUUAAUGAAUGAAGGAUUUUGGAGAAGAGGCUGGGUUUGUUUUUUUCAAGGAUUUCUACAUGAAGAGGUAGUGAAAUUCCCCAGAUUAUUACUCCCAGCUGGCUAAAUCAUGUUUUUAAGCAAGAGACGAUGAAACCAACAUGGCCGCCUUGAAAACUGCAGUGUUGAGACCCUGCAGGGGGAGGCCAGGGUGUGCUGUAACACUCUUUUGGAGAAAAACAUACUCCUUCUAUUGUUGUCUUCUUUGUCUGAUCUUCUGAACUCUGGUGGAGAAUUCUUCCAUCUGCAUGUUACAAAGUAAAGACAGUCUAACUGUAACCUGGAGUAGUUGUAAAUAAAGCUCAGAAUCACAGUCAGAGCCAUUAAACGAUAAAAAAACACACUAGUUGAUAUCAGAGACUCUACUCAUUUUAACCCCCCUCUGUUUUUCAUAAAGUUCUACAUCCCACAUGUCCAAAACUGAAACUACUCGACACACACUUGACUCCGCAUAAAUUGUCUUGUGUUUUCUGCCAAAAUUUUAUGAUGUAGUGCUCAAACUAUCGUCCUCAUAAAAAGCGCUCUCAGUGUGCCAGAUGAGACUGAACUGCAAGGCGACCAUCAAAAAUAAAUUCCAUGAGUGGUUUUAUGAGCAAACACCUGUCUGUUAGGAGCUGAAAAACAGUAACCGAGUUUAUUUGACAUUAAAAUAAAACACUUUUAGAACAGGAGCCUAAACAAACUGAAGCCUGACACUUAUAACAAACUAUGGACCAGUAGAGACAAGAGUGAGACUACAUUGGAAAGAUUAAUGAGUAUCAGCAGUAUAAAGGGAAUAAUAGCAUGUGAUUUACUGAACACUUUGUUGGCUUUUAUUCCAAGAUAAAUAUGUGAUUAUUCUUGGUUCAAACAUGAAGUCAUUUGCAGUGACUAAAAUCACAUUUACUAUGGCUCGACUUCUGCUAGACAACACUACUACUUCUCCAUAUUUCAACAAUUCAUACAAGAUUAUAAAUGUGAAAUUGUAGUUUUCACAUGUGAACAACCUGAAAACUGAAUGUGCUUUGUGAUAAGUUUUGUCAAAAAUAUGAUUGAUAAAGGAAUAUGUUUAAUGCCGAUGUGCUUCUUUGCAGAAAUAGCUUUUAAAUUGACCACAGAAGUGUCACAAACUUUCUUUAAACUUGAAUG